CGACCGUCCCCUUUCCCUCCCUCUUUCCUUCCCUCCUCCCCCUCCGGCUCAGGUUGCAGCUUCUCUCGGGAGCUGCUCACCUUUCCUGAGCUGGGGAAGCAGCAGCCGUGCCAGGGCGGGGAGAGCAGCAGGGCGCAGGGCACUGAGUUCCUCGGACCUCCUCCCAUCUUUCACCCACCCCGGGCAGGGAUCCGAAGCCGGAGCCGGGGCGCCCAGCGGAUCCGGCUGCCAGGGGCCCCAGCUGACCAUGAACAAGAUGAAGAAUUUCAAGCGUCGCUUCUCUCUCUCUGUGCCCCGAACAGAGACCAUCGAGGAGUCUCUGGCUGAAUUUACUGAGCAGUUCAAUCAACUUAACAGCCGGAGAAAUGAAGACCUAGCCCAAGGGCACCUGCAACUUGGCCCCCUGGUAGGAGGAGACUUUCAGCCAGAGCCCAGUGCCAUCUCCCCGGCAGAGGAAGUUGGGGACAGCCACAACCAGUCCUCCCCAGGUGUGCACUACCGGAAACACAACCAGCGCCGUUUCUCCAUGGAGGAUGUCAGCAAACGGCUCUCCCUGCCCAUGGACAUCCGCCUGCCGCCAGAGUUCUUGCAGAAGCUUCAGCUGGAGAGCCCGGAGCUGCCCAAGCCCCUCAGCAGAAUGUCCCGCCGGGCAUCCCUAUCAGAUAUCGGCUUUGGGAAACUGGAAACUUAUGUGAAACUGGACAAGUUAGGAGAGGGCACCUAUGCCACCGUCUUCAAAGGGCGAAGCAAACUCACUGAGAACCUGGUGGCACUGAAGGAGAUCCGACUGGAGCAUGAGGAGGGUGCCCCAUGCACUGCCAUCCGGGAGGUGUCGCUGCUGAAAAAUCUGAAACACGCCAACAUUGUAACCCUGCACGACCUGAUCCACACGGAACGAUCCCUCACCCUUGUCUUUGAGUAUCUGGACAGCGACUUGAAGCACUACUUGGACCACUGCGGGAACCUCAUGAGCAUGCACAAUGUCAAGGUCUUUAUGUUCCAGCUGCUCCGGGGACUCUCCUAUUGCCACCGACGGAAGAUCCUACACAGGGACCUGAAGCCUCAGAACUUGCUCAUCAAUGAGAAGGGAGAGCUAAAACUGGCAGACUUCGGCCUGGCCCGAGCCAAGUCAGUGCCCACCAAGACCUACUCCAAUGAAGUAGUGACCCUGUGGUACCGGCCCCCUGAUGUCCUGCUGGGCUCCACAGAGUAUUCUACUCCCAUCGAUAUGUGGGGUGUGGGCUGCAUCCUCUACGAGAUGGCCACCGGGAGGCCCAUCUUCCCUGGCUCCACUGUCAAGGAAGAAUUGCAUCUUAUCUUCCGCCUGCUUGGGACUCCCACGGAGGACACCUGGCCAGGAGUGACAUCCCUGCCCGAAUUCCGAGCCUACAAUUUCCCCCGGUACAAACCCCAGCCACUCAUCAAUCACGCUCCCAGGUUGGACACAGAUGGCAUUGAUCUACUUACCAGUCUCCUCCUGUAUGAAGCCAAGAAUCGGAUAUCGGCAGAGGAAGCCCUGAGACACCCUUACUUUGGUCCUCUGGGGGAGCGUGUGCACCAACUCCCUGACACUGCCUCCAUCUUCUCUCUGAAGGAAAUUCAGCUCCAGAAAGAUCCAGGUUACCGGGGUCUAUCCUUCCAGCAGUCAGGCCGAGGAAAGAAUCGAAGACAGAGCAUCUUCUGAGCUAGAUGUCCCCAUCCCCACACCACAGGCCACAAAAGUGAUGAGACGUACCCAGCAUAACUGUCUAUGGCUGGGCUUAGGGGCCCAGAGUUGCCUAUAGAGAAUUGGAGGGGGGUCCCAGCUGGAUGGGAGGGAAGUCCAUUAGCCCUGUUGGCUGCUGGUGUGUCCCCUCCCCUUCCUUUCAAGAACCCUCUUGUGGGGGUUCUGAGCCCCUGGAUCCAUCCCCCAGCUCCUUCUCCCCAGGGCGUGAGCACUGUGGUUUGGAAGGAUAUCUCAAAAGGUGGGGUGACCCCAGCUCCAUCCUGGCAGGCCAAGCUAGGAAACGAGGCAAGAAAGGAAAGGUCAGGAUUCUUCCAUCUGUGCUCAGCUAGGGGAAGAUGGAACAUCCCACAUGGAGUACUGGCUGGCCCCUAUUCCCCACCUCUCCUGGAUUGGAGGUUCCUCUGCACAAGGCCCUUCUGACCAGGCAGAUUUUGGCUGACACCCCGACAUAAGCAGGGCCAAUUAUAGGCACAUCCCUGCUGGCUCAUUGGUACCUUUGAGGCUGAAAUAGCUUCCCUUAAUCCCUGACACCCCAGUUUCUUUUAUUCCCUUACAAUUAGAAAAAGGAAUGUUCUCACCUCCCCAGGACCCAAAAAUCCUGGGCACUUCUCUCUGUGCCAAAGGUCCUUGUUCCCUCACCCCCACCAGCUUCCCUCUCUAGUCUGAGGGAAACUGGCAGCCCCAGCCAUGAUUGGACCCCCAAAUCCCUCCUUCCCCUUGCCCUAUUCCCCAUCAUUGGGCCCUGUUAACUGCCUCCAAGGCUGUGUGAUUCUCCCCUUCUGACAGGGUAUAGUGCCCAGCAGUUUCCACUGGAUGGCAUCUCCCUCUAAUACCAAAUAUAGUAAGAGGCUGCCCCAGUAAGUACCUGUUUCCAUCCAGUUUGAAUGGAAUUUCCUUAAACUGAUGGGUAGGAGAGAGUUCAUUGCUUCCAGGAAAUCUCCUUCCAGUGGCCCUGCCUCUGUGGAAUAUCCCUAAUCUUCCUUUCUUAAUAGCAUCAGAAUAUGAGCAUCUGAUCCUAGCUGCUCCUUACCCCAUGUCUGCCAAAGGGGUCAGGGCAGAAGGCAGCCAGGUUAAUCCUGCUCUCUGUGUUCUCUGGAGCCAGGGACCCCUGGGCCAUCAGGCCUCUUUAGCUCAUCCUACCCUUCAAUAUUUGGUCUUGCUCCACUUGGCUCUGGUUCCUGGGCUGUCACUGAGCCCCUGACCAUCUUCUGUGUAUAAGGCUGCCCCAGAGGAUGGUCAAGGGCAGGAACAGUCACAGAACCAAUCAUGGGGCCAGCAAAAGCCUCAGUCAUGGGAAGGAUAAGGAUUUUCCUGACCUAGGACUGGCCUGUAUGAAAGGUCCUGCCUCUUCCUUCCAACAUUCCCCCUGCCACUAAAGCUAAUUAUUUACCCUCAAGGGCAAACUAAACUUGGAACACUUUUUAGAACAGGUAAAUGGAUCUGGCAAAUGAACAUAUGCACUACCUUUCUCACCCCACUCCAGUUCCCCAGUCCAAGUCUUUCAUUCGCUGCAUCCUUAAUUCCGGUGAAAUGUCAUCCCACCUCUGUGCCAUGUGAGGUAUUGAGAACCAUCCUCCAUAUCCCUGAAUUCCCAUCACCAACCCCCUGCUCCACCAAAGUACCAACCCCUUUGAGCCAUGUUUCUCCUGCCUUGCUUCUUCCCAGAGAGAGGACCUGGGGGCUACCCCUUCUCCCCUCCCUCCCUGAACUGUACUGUGAACGUCCGUCUCCUGUCCUGUGACUCAGUGCAAAGACAGAUAAUCUAUUUAACUCAUAUUGUACAAAAAAGAAGCAAAUGAUCCCUUGAAGACAAGGUGAUUUUUUUAGCAGGCUGAUUCCAAAGAAAGGGGAAAGAUGUGUGAAUGUGUGAAGAGUGUGGGUGGGUGUCAGGGUCUAUGCAGGUCUUUUUUUUAAUGAAGAGAGAGUUUGAUUUUUGUAUAUCUCGAGGCCUUUUCUAUGAGGAGGGUUCCCUGACACCUUGACCUGAUGUUUUGUGAAUGCAACCACGCAAAGGGCCAGAAAUAAAUCAUCAUGUCUGAA